AUGUAAUAUUCGGAUAGAAAAAAUUAUGACAAUGCUCUCGAAUAUUUUCAAUAAGCUAAUAAAAAGGAUUUUGAAUUAAAAGAUAUCAAUGACAUUUCUAAUUUAGUGCUUUCUGAAUUCUAAUAAUUGAAUAUUAUGAAAUCAUAUUUGCCAGAUUAUAAUCUAAAAGCAUCUGAUUUUAAUUGUUCAUUCCUAUUAGUUAAUGUUUUUAACAUUGUAUAAUAAAAAAUGAGAAAUUUAAAAUAACUUUUUGAAUAAAGAGAGGAUGGAUUAUAUGGAGUAUGGCUUUGGAAAUAAGGAGAAUAAUAUUUAAUUAUAGUUGAUGAUUAAAUACCAUGUAAGCUAUGUGGCAAUAAUUCUCAACUAGCAACAGUGAUAUCAAAAUAUGAAUGGCCAAUUAUUAUGGAAAAAGCAAUAGGAAAAAUAUUAGGAUUGGAAUAUAAUUCAUUAAAUCUCAUAUAAAAUGAUUCAAUAGAAUAUUAUCUAUAAGUAACAUUUAAAUUAAAUUAAAUUAAAUUAGAUGAUAACAGGAUCAGAAAUUUAAGAAUAAGAAAUAUAAUCUAUUGAAGAAUUAUAGAAAAAAGUAAGAGAUUAAUAACAAAUAUAUUAUGUAAAAUAUACUUAAGAUUCAAAAACCAUAGCAUCUGUAAUUGCUAUAAAUAAUGAAUAAGAAAAUUAAAAACUAGUUAAGUUAAUUGCUCCAAAUCAAUAGUCUGUAUUUUUGAAAGGUAUUUAUUUUAUAUAUAUUAAUUUGAGGGAGAUAAAAACAUGAAUCAUCAUGUUAUUUAACUUGGGAUGAAUUUAAAUAACAUUUUUAAACUGUUUAUGUAUUAAUUUGGAAAGAUGAAUAUCGAGUGACUCCAGUAACUUUAAAGAAUCCAAUUGAGCGAAAAUUUGAUUUUAUAGAACACACUUAUUGUUAUAAAUUUAUUAUAGAUGAUAAUGCGAAUUAUUAGAUUACUUUGUGGUAGAAUAAUCUUAUUAUUAAUUAAGGGAAGAUAUAAAUAAAAGAUGAAAAAUUAAAAAAUUAAUUAGGUUUAAUUAGAAUGCUGUUAUUUUAAGAAUUGAAUUAAAAUUAAUAUUAAUUUAUUGAUGGAAUUUGUGAUUUUUAAAGUAAUAUUUCAAUUAAUACAAUACUUGAUAAAGGGAAUUAUUGUAUUUUAUGUUAAGGGUAUUUUAAUAAUGUUCAAAAUUAUACUGAAGAAUAAUAAUUAGAAUAAUUUAAAUUAAAUUUAACAAUUAAAGGACUAUAAGUUCCUUAAAAUAUUGAUCCAGAUAAUUUAGAUAAAUAAAAAUAAAUAAAAUUAAUUAGAAGUUUGAUAAAAAAAGUAUCAUAAAAAGAGAAUACAAGAUCAUUUAAUAUUAUUGGAUAACCAUAAAUAUAAGUGAUUACUAAAUAAAUUUAUGGUUUUUUAUAUUUUUAUUAUGAAAAUAGAGGAACAAUAGAUAUUAGAGAAAAAAUAGAAUUUAUAUAAUUGGGACAUUUAAUCAAUUAUGAAUCAUUAAAAAAAAAGAAUAAAGAAUUAAUAGAUAUAAAACAAAACAAUUUCAAAAUUAUAUUGUAUACAUUAGAUCCAAAAAUUAUACUUUAAUAAGAUACUAUAAAUUUUUAAUAUCAAUAUAAACACAUACUGAUAAAGGAAAAUGAAUAAUUAGAAGAAUUUGAUUAAAUAACAUAAAAUAUAGAAUUAGACGAAUUUAAUUAAAUAAUAUAAAAUUAAAAUACAAAAAAGAUUGUGUGUGAUUUUAUUGAUGCUUAUAUAAAUUAAUAUCAAUAAGGUAUAUAAAGAAUUAUUAUAAGGUAUUACCAUAUUGUUUCAGAAUAAUUAAGAAAAUAGUGUUGAAGUAGAUUUAAAAUUUAAAGAAUUGAAGAAUCUUAGAUUAGUGUAAAAUUCUAUCAUAACAACAAAUGACAAAUCAAUUAGAUUUUCAUUGGAAAAAUAAUCUAAAGUAAAAAUAUAAUUUGAUAUUAAUGAACAUGCAAAUAAUUAUCAUUAUAAGAUGGAUUUGAAUUGUUCUAAUAAUUUAUAUUGA